GACCGGUAGGAGGAGUGAGACUUGUUAUUAGGACACUCGCAACUCUUAAAUCCCGCCGCUCCUCUUCUCUUUUUUACGCAGGAGAUUAGGAGAAACAAACAACUAUAAACAGGAGGAUCUGUGAUUUGCGCCUGAUAAAGAAGAGGAGCUUUUCAUCGCCGGCAUUUUUGAAUUCUUCCCAGAGGGAGAACAACCAUGAUUAAGGCUGCGGAUGUUGUGCUGUCUGCGCUGCUCAUCCUGGCGCUGUCGUCCGGGUGCGUCCUCGGCGGUUACGGGAUGAGCCUGUUCGCGGCGCAGACUUCGCCGCCGGAUCCCUGCUACGACGAGCACGGCAACCCGCGCCGCUGCAUCCCGGACUUCGUCAACUCCGCCUUCGGGAAGGAGGUGAAAGUGUCCAGCACCUGCGGGAAGACGCCCAGCCGCUACUGCGUGGUGACAUCGGCGGAGAAAGGAGACGAGAGGAGCAGGAACUGUCACACCUGCGACGCCUCGGACCCCAAGAAGUACCAUCCUCCCGCGUACCUGACGGACCUCAACAACCCUCACAACCUCACCUGCUGGCAGUCCGAGAACUUCAUCCAGUUCCCGCAAAACGUCACCCUGACUCUGUCCCUUGGCAAGAAGUUUGAGGUCACUUAUGUGAGCCUGCAGUUCUGCUCGCCCCGACCUGAAUCCAUGGCUAUUUUCAAGUCCAUGGACUACGGUAAAACUUGGGUACCGUUUCAGUUUUACUCCACUCAGUGUAGGAAGAUGUACAACAAGCCCAACAGGGCCGUCAUCACGAAGCAGAACGAGCAGGAGGCCGUGUGCACGGACUCCCACACCGACAUGUACCCACUGACCGGCGGCCUCAUCGCCUUCAGCACGCUGGACGGCCGACCGUCGGCGCACGACUUCGACAACUCCCCGGUGCUUCAGGACUGGGUAACUGCCACUGACAUCAAAGUCACCUUCAGCCGCCUGCACACGUUCGGCGACGAGAACGAGGACGACUCAGAGCUGGCGCGGGACUCGUAUUUCUACGCCGUGUCGGACCUGCAGGUCGGAGGCAGAUGCAAAUGCAACGGGCACGCGUCCCGGUGCGUAAAGGACAGGGAUGGGAGUCUGGUGUGCGAGUGCAAGCACAACACCGCCGGGCCCGAGUGCGACAGGUGCAAACCUUUUCACUACGACAGACCGUGGCAGAGAGCCACAGCCAGGGAGGCCAACGAGUGCGUGGCCUGCAACUGCAACCUCCAUGCCCGCCGGUGCCGAUUCAACAUGGAGCUAUACAAGCUGUCAGGGAGGAAGAGUGGAGGAGUCUGCCUCAACUGUCGCCACAACACGGCGGGUCGCCACUGCCACUACUGCAAGGAGGGCUACUACAGAGAUCUGUCCAAACCCAUCUCACACAGGAAAGCCUGCAAAGCAUGUGAUUGCCAUCCCGUGGGUGCUGCUGGCAAAACCUGUAACCAAACCACAGGACAAUGUCCCUGUAAAGACGGCGUGACUGGUAUCACGUGCAACCGCUGCGCUAAAGGCUACCAGCAGAGCCGCUCGCCCAUUGCCCCCUGCAUAAAGAUUCCAGUUGUGCCUGCUACAACCCCGUCCAGCAGCACAGAGGAGCCAUCAGACUGUGACUCAUAUUGCAAGGCAUCUAAAGGCAAACUGAAAAUCAACAUGAAGAAGUACUGUAAGAAAGAUUACGCCGUCCAGGUGCACAUCCUGAAGGCAGACAAGGCCGGAGAGUGGUGGAAGUUCACCGUCAACAUCAUCUCCGUCUACAAGCAGGGCGAGAGCCGCAUCCGCCGCGGGGACCAGUUCCUGUGGGUCCGCGCCAAAGACGUGGCCUGCAAGUGUCCCAAGAUCAAGCCUGGAAAGAAGUACCUGCUGCUGGGGAACGACGAGGACUCUCCUGGCCAAGGAGGAGGAGUGGUGGCAGACAAAGGAAGCCUGGUUAUCCAGUGGAGGGACACGUGGGCACGCAGGCUGAGGAAGUUCCAGCAGCGGGAGAAGAAAGGCAAGUGCAAGAAGCCAUAAGCGGAGAAGCGGUGGAGGAUGUCAGGGUUCGAGGAGAAAUUCAAGAGGAAAUCUGAGCAGGUGAUUUUAAUAAAAGAGAGAGAGAACAGGAGGGACGGACAGAGACCACAGACAGAGAAGAGACUGUUUAUGUUGCUGCUUUUUUGUGUAGAAGCAUGAAGAGAAUUAUUUAGGAUGAUUAGUGAACAUUUUGUUGAAGGAGCUCACCUUGCAGAUUUGGUUUUAUGGUUUAUUUUACUUUGAGAUUCCUCUCUCUUGUGGAUUUGCCGAAUUUGCACCUAUUACCAGUAUAUAAAGUUAUUUGUGUUGUUUUCUUUAUCGCAGUAUGAAAUCAGUAUAUUUUAUUGUUUUUUUAAUUUUAUGGAUGUUUUCUGCAGGUGCAACAAAAAAAAUGACACAAACCCCCCCCUACUUAAUAACCACUGCAAGUUUGCCUCUGCAUGGUUUUCUUACUGUAUUCUUCGCUAAGAAGUGAGCUUGUUUCAUCAAACGUCUUCGCUGAGACAAAUGAGGCAGAAAUCUCUCUCAUAAAUGUGCCAUAAAAGACCAACUUUAGCCCUCAAUUUGAAUCCCCCUUUUGUCAAUUUCAGGAGGAGCUGCAACUUAAGAAAAAAAAAAGGUCACAUUUUUACAUUUUAGCUGUUUCAGUAAUUGGCACAUGGAUAAAAUGCAGUCGUGACUAAUCUUUAGUGUUUGUCCAGUCUUCCCCAGAUUACAUUUGGUGGUUCGGUAUUUGUACAAACUUCAUUUACGUUCCUCAUGUUGAAACGUGUUUAAAAUCACUGAUCACACCUCCAGCGCAGACAGUAACUGUGAUAUUUUAUUUGUAUUAUUUCAGAAUUAUAUUUAAACAAACAAACAAACAAAAAAAAAGGACAUCAGGCCAUUGACUGCUAUAAAAAUAAGGUUCAAAGGUUCAUAUCAUAGUACAGUAACAAUAUGAUAUAAUAGUAAUGUCAUUAUUUUCUCUUCGGGGAAAUAAUAAUAAUGUGGUGCUACCAUUUUAUUUCUAUAUUAAUCACUAAGUAAUAGCUUGGUAUUAACAAUGGAAGACGUUGAGUGGGACAUAAGAGAGGAUGCAUUUCAACUGUACAAUAUGGUAAUUAUUUUGAUUCUGAUAAUACAUUGAUAAUAGCCUAUAGUUAUUAACAUUAAAAUGGUGUUACCAUAGCAUUUUCCUCCCUGUUACAAAUGAGAUAAAGAUAAAAGAUAAAACUCCCCCCAUAAAAUCAUGAGUCGCUCUUAUAGAAGAAAUUUAAAAAAUCUAUUGAAAUAAAUUAGCAACUUUUUGUUGUUGUUUUUUAGAGUAUAUAUAUCAGUCUUGGUCUACAUGAAACUGACCACAAACAUUGUUUAGGUAAACAUUGGGUAAAACAGUGACAAAGAAGUGCAAGUCUUUGUCUCCUUUUCUCUGUAGUCUGUAUACUGUUUGUCAAAAAGUACUUUUAAAGACAAAUGUCCUUUUAAGGGAUUUAAAAGUCAUACUAAAAAUAAAAACGACACGCAUCUAAACCUAAUCAUUGCUGAUCGUAGAAGGCAAUGGAAGUGCAGGAGGUCAACUUAACCGCUCAAGAUUUCAGACACAUUUUAUCCGCAGUAACCUUUUUUUUGUUUUGGUUUUCCACACUUUCUGUCGCAAACACAACGUAUGACUGCAGAUUCACAAACAGAUCACUGUGCAACCACUCCGAAGCUGCAGUCUCCCAUUGACCUGUCACGUCAAUUCUCUGCACUUCUACACUGCACGGGGAGAAACUG